AUGGAGAAAGAUGACGAUAAAGGAGAUGAAGAUAAAAAUGAAGAAGGAGAAAUAGAAGAGGGAGAUGAAGAGGAGGGAACUAUAUCAAGAAUAUAUUUCAUAGAUCAUUUAAAUAAUUCUAAAAAUCAAACUGAAAAUUUUAAUUGA